GAACAGCUCAACUACUUCCUCCGGCUCCGUGACUGCUCUCAGCUCGCACCGCUUCUGCCAAAGCAGGCUGUUCGCGCAUGGAUUUCGGCCGGAUUUGCGCCGCCUGACAUGGAUGGCCCGCCGCUCGCCGAGUCGGAAGCUUGUUCCUUGGUGCAGUGAGAAGGAAAGGACACGCGGCGCUUUUCUCGAAACGGAUGCGGGACGCGAGCGCGCGACUCCUCCGUGACCAUGCCGUGAUCUCUGAGUGCUGGCCUUCACCCAUCCUAGACGACUAAAGAGCAAAUUUGCGGGGAGUUUUGCAAUCCAAAGGAAUUAAACGCUGUACACUGCAGGCAUCAUGAAGAUUACCUCCGCGUUGAUAACUCAUGCGAGGUUCAGGCGAUCCGUCAAGAUCCUGCUGCUGCUGCUUCUCUUAUGUGUGGGAUACUCUCGCGGGAUGCCACACGUCUUAAGAUUCGGAGGAAUAUUUGAAUCCAUUGAAAGUGGGCCAUCUGGUGCUGAGGAACUAGCCUUUAAGUUUGCUUUAAAUACAAUCAACAGAAACAGAACCCUACUGCCAAACACAACGCUAACAUAUGACAUCCAAAGGAUAAACAUCCAUGACAGUUUUGAGGCUUCCAGAAAAGCCUGUGAUCAACUCUCUCUGGGAGUGGCAGCCAUUUUCGGCCCCUCUCACAGUUCUUCAGCCAAUGCAGUCCAGUCCAUCUGCAACGCACUGGGGGUGCCACACAUCCAGACCAAAUGGAAGCACCAAGUGUCAGACAACCGUGACUCAUACUACGUCAGCCUUUACCCUGACUUUUCCUCCCUGAGCAGGGCCAUUCUAGACCUGGUACACUUUUUCAAGUGGAGGAUGGUCACCGUGGUGUACGAUGACAGCACAGGUCUUAUCCGGUUACAGGAGCUCAUUAAGGCACCCUCUCGUUACAAUAUCCGGUUAAAAAUCCGACAGCUGCCAGCAGAGACGAAAGACACCAAGCCGCUUCUUAAGGAGAUGAAGCGAGGGAAAGAGUUCCAUGUGAUCUUUGAUUGUGGCCAUGAGAUGGCAGCUACCAUUCUCAAACAGGCUCUUGCUAUGGGGAUGAUGACAGAGUACUACCACUAUAUUUUUACUACACUGGAUCUCUUUGCGCUGGAUGUGGAGCCGUACCGCUACAGUGGUGUGAACAUGUCAGGGUUCCGUAUUUUAAACACAGAGAACAGCCAAGUGUCCUCCAUCAUUGAAAAGUGGUCCAUGGAGCGUCUGCAAGCACCUCCCAAACCCGACUCUGGCUUAUUAGACGGCUUUAUGACGACCGAUGCAGCACUGAUGUACGACGCAGUGCACGUGGUGGCUGUAGCGGUGCAGCAGUCUCCUCAGAUCACAGUCAGCUCUCUCCAGUGUAACCGGCACAAACCCUGGCGCUUUGGGAACCGCUUCAUGACACUCAUCAAAGAGGCCCACUGGGAUGGCUUGACUGGACGGAUAAAUUUCAACAAAACCAAUGGCUUAAGGACAGAUUUCGAUCUGGAUGUGAUCAGCCUGAAGGAGGAAGGACUGGAGAAGAUUGGAACAUGGGACCCGAUCAGUGGCCUGAACAUGACUGAAAAUCAGAAAGGAAAGAUGGCAAACGUCACAGACUCGCUCACCAACAGGACACUAUAUGUGUCUACAAUACUGGAGGAGCCCUAUGUGAUGUUCAAGAAGUCAGACAAGCCUCUGCAUGGUAACGAUCGUUUCGAGGGAUACUGCAUUGACCUGCUGCGGGAGCUCGCCAACAUCCUAGGCUUUGUCUAUGAGGUGCGGCUCGUUGAAGAUGGCAAGUACGGUGCACAGGAGGAGAGCACGGGCCAGUGGAAUGGCCUGGUGCGCGAGCUCAUGGACCAUAAAGCUGAUCUUGCAGUGGCUCCCCUAGCCAUCACCUACGUGCGGGAGAAAGUCAUCGAUUUCUCUAAGCCCUUCAUGACACUGGGGAUAAGUAUUCUGUACCGCAAACCCAACGGCACCAACCCGGGGGUGUUCUCCUUCCUCAACCCUCUCUCCCCUGACAUCUGGAUGUAUAUUCUGCUGGCUUACUUGGGUGUCAGUUGUGUGCUGUUUGUCAUAGCCAGGUUUAGCCCCUACGAAUGGUAUAACCCCCACCCGUGCAACCCCGACUCGGACGUGGUGGAAAACAAUUUCACCCUGCUAAAUAGUUUCUGGUUCGGAGUUGGAGCUCUCAUGCAGCAAGGAUCUGAACUCAUGCCCAAAGCCCUUUCCACCAGGAUAGUAGGAGGUAUUUGGUGGUUUUUCACCCUCAUCAUCAUCUCCUCUUACACGGCUAACUUGGCCGCUUUCCUCACGGUGGAGAGGAUGGAGUCUCCCAUCGAUUCAGCUGAUGACCUCGCCAAACAGACCAAAAUUGAAUAUGGUGUGGUAGAGGAUGGCUCCACAAUGACCUUCUUUAAAUAUGAGAUGAGGCUACUUCACCAAAAGAAAACAAAGAUCUCCACAUAUGACAAGAUGUGGGAGUUCAUGAGCAGCCGCAGGCAUUCAGUCAUGGUGAAGAGUGUGGAGGAGGGCAUUCAACGGGUGCUUACCUCCGAUUACGCGUUCCUCAUGGAGUCCACCACAAUCGAGUACGUCACCCAGCGCAACUGCAAUCUCACACAGAUAGGUGGACUCAUCGACUCCAAAUCCUAUGGUGUUGGUACUCCGAUGGGCUCUCCAUACCGAGAUAAGAUCACUAUAGCAAUCUUGCAGCUCCAGGAAGAAGGAAAGCUGCACAUGAUGAAGGAGAAAUGGUGGCGAGGGAAUGGCUGCCCAGAGGAAGAGAGUAAAGAGGCCAGUGCCCUGGGUGUGCAGAACAUUGGGGGAAUCUUCAUUGUUCUGGCCGCUGGACUUGUUCUGUCUGUCUUUGUGGCAGUCGGGGAGUUCCUCUAUAAGUCUAAACAAAAUGCACAACUUGAAAAGACUUUGCCAGCUGGAGAGCCAGCAACUCUCCUUGAUGUAUGUCUCUGAAGACAGAAGGGAUUUCGUUCAUAUGCGCAGAUGGCCACCAUGCUUUUCAUCUUGUCUCUCUUCAACAGCCCUGUCUCACUUGCCCCAUUUCACCUCAUUUCCCCUCCCUUGGUUUACUUAGUGCAUGGGUUAAAAAAAGGAUUGUUGAUACAUUUGAAACAAAAUCAGAAUCAAGUAGUUUGAAUAUUAAAAAAAAUACUAAAAAG